UAAAAUUUCAAAGGCUUACCUCCUAAAUUAGUUGAGCAAAAUCAGACUCAGGCAUUUACGUUUUGCAUUUCGCACAGUUAGAGAGGAAGCUGACAAAGAUCUGCCUUUUAUUUUAAAUCUUUUCCUUUUACAUUUUUUUUUUUUUAAUUCUACUUGAGACCCAUAUGUAUUUGGCUAAUUGGGUGUCCAUUUUUGGCUGAUCCAGAUUGAUUCAUGCAAUAAUUGAAUCUGGGUUUUUCAGUUCAGGUAUUGGGAUUCUCAGCUUCUCAGUAAAGUUGUUACAGAAGUAAUGCUAGAAGAAAUUGACUUGGGAAGCUGCUGAAUAGGCAAGGAUUGGUCCACCUAAUCUUGUAAAUUGUAAAGGAAAAUAUGGUUGACAAGGAGAAUUGGCUUUUUUGAUGGAUGACUAAGAGUGUUGAAUAACUUGGAAAUGAGUCGAUUGCCUUCGUUUUCUAUUAAGCAGGAGCUUAAUUUAAAUGUUGAUCGAGAAUCUUUUCAGCAAUGGGUGGUUGCUUUUUGUAUCAUCAGAUUUGAUCUUGAACAAGGUCAGCUCAUUGAAGAGAGUUACCCACCUGGGCUUCUCACAAGUGAAGAGGAACUUGAUGUUGCUUUUAGUUCAUUUCCAGAUUCAGUUUCCCAGAACCAGAAUCGUUCAAGCAUUCAUGAUUGCAUAUUCUUUUUCCGCAUUAGGAGACAGAAAGGUUCUGAACAAAGCAGUGUAACUGCAUCUGAGAUAACAGAAAUUGAUGAUAAAGAAGUAUCUUCAAAUUCUACAUAUGAGAAGUUGACUCGAAGAACUAUUAUUAGGAAAACUGACAAAGAGUUGAGAUACUUGUAUGGUUAUGUGUUUAAUAGACAGAGACAUGAUGAGCGGCUAAAGAGAGGAGGAGAGCAGAAGUCUGUGGUGAUAUUAUCUCAUAAUCCGUACUCUGCUGUGUUUAGGCCUUUGUUGCAAAUCAUGGGUCCUUUAUUCUUUGAUAUUGGAAAGAAAGCACUUGAGCAUAUUGCUGCUUAUGUUUCCAAGUGGCCUGCUCCUGUUCCAGGUAAGCUAAUGGAGCUUCCUAUUGGGAAUGCUAUGCUUAAAGUUAACUUGCCACCAGCACACAGCUUGCCCUUGGAAAAUGGGAUGUUUGAAGAGUCUGCUUCCUCAAUAGCUCCGUUUCUUCCAACAAAUCAGUCAGUCCCACAGGGGCUUUUUCAUGAUUCAGAUAUUUUUGGUACAUUUCGAGGGAUUUUAUUGCAACUUUGGGUGUUAUGGGAAUUGUUACUUAUUGGCGAACCCAUUCUUAUAAUAGGACCAACACCUUCCCAGUGCAGUGAGGCAGUUGCAAGUCUUGUGAGCUUGGUUGCACCACUUUUAUGUAGUGUUGAUUUUAGGCCAUAUUUCACCAUCCAUGACCCCGAAUUUGCUUAUUUGAAUUCACUUCAACAAGGAGAUACUUUCCCUCCAAUGGUUUUGGGAGUGACAAACUUGUUUUUCCUCAAAGCACUUCGUAAUAUUCCCCACAUUGUUUCAGUUGGAAGCCCUGCUCCAAAUUCAAAUCGGCUUCCCCUUGCAAGCCGGUCUACUGGUAGAAUUUCUGGAAGGCCAGAAGGAUCGGGACUUCAGCAGCUCUCCUUGAAGAAGUUUUCUCCUUCAAGCUUGCUGAAUGCAGUUAAAUUAAGGAGGGAUGGCCCUCUUUGCCUCAUGACAGAGCAUAAGGAAGCCAUUUGGAGCACUUAUGCUGCAACAACUAAGCCAGACACUUCCAUUUUGAAUAGACUUAUUGAUGCUGGGAUCUCUCCAAGGGUUGAGGAGUCAAUGUCUGUUGUUAAUAAUGAGAUAUUGCGACGACAUUUCUUAGAGCUAACCACCAACUUUCUAGCUCCUUUCGGCCCAUAUUUUAGAGCAAAUACUCCUUCGGAAGGAUCUUCUCCAUUUGUUGACCCUCCUCCUCUUCCUCCAUUUAACACUGAGGAAUUCUUGUCAAGCUUAGCAGCAAGAGGUGUGGGGAAGUUCUUAUCAAAGCGGAUGAGAUCUAAUUGGCUGGACUUAUACAGGCGGUUUUUGCAAGGACCAAAUUUUAUGCCUUGGUUUCAAAGGAGGCGAGCUGUUGCUGAACAUGAACAACAUAGAUUAUGGAGGCAAGCAAGAAUGAAAACUGACAUACAACAGUUCUUAUCUAAAAUGUCUGAAUUGGAGGUUGUUGAUUCCUUCAAUGCUAUCGAGAGGCAUCUCAGUGGAGAAAUUCAGCUCCAGCAGUCCAGAAGGGCUAGUGCAGACUCUGCAGCAACUUGCCAGAAACUGAAGAAAGAUAUCCAGGCAGUGUUCAAUGUACUUCCCAAAGACAUGCAGCAACUUCUUCUGAUGAACCCAGAAAGAGCAGCCCUUCUACAAGGAAAUCCAGAGCUGAAAAAUCUUCCAGGCCACCCUUCUGUAGAAACUGGGGAUGAUCCUUCUUCCACUUCACCCAGAUAGUACGCAAAACAUGGGUAUGAACUAGUCAGACCUGGUUGUGCGGUUCUUUUCCCAUAACUGAACAAUGGCACAGCUCAUGAUUAUUUUGUCCUUCAAUCAAAGGACUGGAGAUGAUUUCUCCAUUUCGGGCAUAAUUCUUCUGCUUGAUGAGUGAGAACGACAAACGGCACAUGCACUUGAGAUAACCUUUCUUUGUUUUUUACAAUCCUAUGAGAUUGGAUUGUUCAGAACUUAUGGGAGACAAGUUUUGAAUAUCUACUGGAAAAUGAGGAAUAAUGUCUUUGUUCUGAAUUACAUUCUGUAAGCUAUCAAUGUGUAUAAUCAUUUGGGGCAGAAUUCCCACCUGUAGAUUUUGUACUUUCCAACUGUUUUUUAGUCUUUGCCUUUUGGUGCAAAUUGUGUUAGUCAAGAAAAUUGCCAGGAGAAAUUGUGUUAAGCCGUUUAAUUUGUUUUUCAGUCCAAUUUUCGUAAUUGUUAGAUAUAGAUAGAAGCAGCUUAUGGAAAUAUUGAAAAGCCAUAUUUCAUGAGAUAUUUAUCUGGCCAAGUUCAUAUUUUAAAAAUAUCUUGUUAUUUUUGAAGCAUGGCCUGAGACUAUGAGAUGUCUUCUGUUGAAAAACUGGAUUCCUACUGAUAAGGAAAGGAAGAUUCAUAUUUUGAUUGGACAAAAA